AUGAAGAGAUCCACCGAUUCUCCACCAUCAACAAGUGUUGCGCCAAAAUUGGCAAAAAUCGAAGAAGCUCCAACAGGUCGACAAAUUAUCAGCGAAUAUUUAAAGGGAGAUGUCAACGCGGCUGUGACUUAUCGAAAAAUUUGCAAUGCUUUGGACACUUUUGACAUGUGGGAGUCGGAUGUGCCGAAAAUCCAACUUUUGGAACAAUUUAUGAAUAUUUCGGAUGCGUUGGAUGUUCAAACUGAGGGAUUGGUUAGAAAAUUGUUGAAUUUGAAUUGGAAUAAAAUACCGAAUGAGAUUAUGGAUAAAUAUCGCGAUUUUCUUUGUGAAUUGGCGAUUCGGCAGAUUUGUUUUACUGAAGAGGUUUUUAAGAGUGUUUGUGAGAGAUUGAUUCCGCAAAUUGAACAAAAUGGUGGGUAUUUGAAUAUUUUCCUGUUUAGAAAAACAAGAUAUACAGAAUAUUUUUUGAUUAGAGACAAUGGAAAAUUGAGAGAGCGCAGACAAGAUUUUUCGUUGUCUUUAAUCAAAUAUUCUGUAUAUUUUGUUUUUUUUUCUGAAUAGGAAAAAUAUUUUUUAAAAAUAUUUUGAAUCGGUUUUCUGAAAAAUUUAAUUUUUUUUGAAUCAUUUCUGGUUUUCUGAAAAUAGAGAUUUUUUUGAAAAUUCUAUGGAAAUUGGUGAGUUUUCGCUUCUGAGCAACCUCAAAUCUUGUAGUUAGUUUUUGAUAAAAAUUUUCAGUUUAGGUGUAGUCUGAAAAAUGUAGUUUUGGGGUUAUUUCUAAUAAAACCUACACAGUUUGAAUCUGAAAUACAAAAAUCCAAGAAAAAUGCCUGAACCUUGAAAUUUCAGCUAAAAUUCUAGUUUUAGCUGAAAUUUUCGGGUUCUCGCGCAGGGAAAUCUAUCGUCAAUUUUUUUUUCAAAAAAAACCUGAGUUUCAACCAUAAUUCAACAAAAAUAAUGCCUGAACCUUGAAAUUUCAGCCAAAAAUCAAGUUUUGACUGAAAUUUUCGGGUUCUCGCGCAGGGAAAUCUAUCGUCAUUUUUUUUUUCAAAAAUCAUAAAAAAGUAACUAAAUUUUAAUAAAAAUAAUGCCUGAACCUUGAAAUUUCAGUCAAAAAUCGAGUUUUGGCUGAAAUUUUCGGGUUCUCGCGCAGGGAAAUCUAUCGUCAAUUUUCUGUUCCAGAAGAAACAUUCGAAACGACACUCCGCCUUGACGACGCCAUUCAAAAUCAACACUUCGAAAUGGCUCAUUAUAUAAUCUCAAAUAUUCUCAAAUGCUUCCCAAUGUCCUCGAAAACGUUGCUCCGCUGUUUACGCCAAACAUUCCCGCAUUUCACGCAGCCCGCCAUCAAAUCCACGGUUUUUUGUCGAAAUUUGAUACGGGUUCAGAUUUACGCACCAAAUUCGAUUGUUCAGGAUAUUUGGCAGAUGAUUUUUGAGCGAUUGGUUAAGGAUGAUGUGGGUUUUUUUUUUGGAAAAUUUAAUUUUUGGAAUGAUUUUUUAAGGCUCAUAAUUGGAGAUGCGAAUUGCCGGAUGGAGAAGAGCACAGGAAUAGUCCUUCACUUUUUGCGAUGGUAAAAUUAUCCGUAGAUUUUAAGCCUAGCUGAAAAUUUAUCGAUUUUUUUGCAGAACGAAGAAGAUUUGAUAAAUGACGUGGAAACUGAAACCACUGAAAGCACAUCUGAAAAUCCGAAAAACACCAAAAAAUCCGAAGAAAUGAUGAAACAUUUGGAUACGGUUUGCACAGAUAUUUUGGAUUAUUUGAAAUAUGUUCAUGAACCGGAAGAGAUUACAGGUAAUUUUUUUUUUUAUUUGAAACUCGGAAAUUUAUUUUUGAACAAUAUUACUGUUUCAAAAAAUGCAGAUUUUUCUGUGUUAAAAAUUUUUUCGAUAGAGAUUUGCAAAGAACAAUUGGAAAAUCUCAUUUUGAGCUCGAAAAAAUUACCAAAAAUUCCAGAAGAAUCAUGGAUAACAUCGAUGAAGUUGGAAAAUUCGAAACCUGUAAAUGCCGAGCAAAUUUUCGCGAUCCUCAAUCAUUGUUUGGAAUCGACAAUGUUGACUGCAAUUCAUGUUCGACACAUUUCAUUCGUUUGGCUCUUUUUGUGCUCAUUGAAAAAGGUAGGGGGUUUUUGGGUGAAAAAUUCGUGGAAUUUGGAGUUUUUUGAUGUAAAAUUUUGAAACGUAUUUUUUUCAACCAAACAAAAUUCCCGAAAAAUUCUUAUCACACAGGAAUACACAUCUCGAAUGCUCGAAAAUCUCUGGCAAAUCAGUUGUCGAAUGCCACGAGCUCCGGCCGACGCAAAAAAGAGCCAAGGAGCCGCUGCUUAUCUUGCCGCUUUUGUUGCCAGAGCAAAAUAUAUUGAUAAAGGGUUGGUUUUUGAAAAUAGAUGGGAAAUCUGAUUUUGAAGCUGAAAAUUUCGAUUUUUCUGGACUUCUAGAGCUCAAGCUGGGCUCCUAAGAUUCCAAAAAAAAAAAUCAUAUUUUUGUUUUUGUUUCAGAACCGCAUUCGAAUGGCUCGAAGAAAUGUAUGAAUGGCUUCGUCAUUAUGUGGAUCAAUUCUGUUCGGGAAGUUCACAAAUUCUACCAGGUUUACAAAGACACGGCACAUUCUAUGCAAUUUCACAAUCGUUCUUCUUGGUUUUUGCGUUCAGAUAUCGGGAUUUUGUUAAGAAUUCGGGUGAGUUUUGGGCUGGAAAAUUGGAUUAAAAAUCCGCUUUCAAAACAUCAAGUGUCCUCAUGAAGCCACGUGGAUUUUUCCCACCUAAAUUUAAAAAAAAAGCCUUGUGGAUUUUUCCCGCCCAAAUUCCGAUUUUUAAAAUUCAAUGCCACGUGGAUUUCAAGCUCCAAAAUCUUCAUUUUCGAAAAAAAAAAUCCCACGUGGAUUUUUAGGGACCAAAUUCCGAUUUUUUUAAUUUAAUGCCACGUGGAUUUUUCCCGCCUAAACUUUAAUUUGAAAAUUUUAACGCCACGUGGAUUUCAAGCUCCAAAAUCUUUAUUUUCGAAAAAAAAUCCCACGUGGAUUUUUUCCCUCCUAAAUUUCGCUUUUCCGAAAAUUUUUAAUGCCACGUGGAUUUUUUCCCGCCCAAAUUCCGAUUUUUAAAAUUCAAUGCCACGUGGAUUUUUUAAUGGGGCUAUUCAAGUAUUUUCUCAACACGCUGAGAAAACAGGAGAAAUGCGGAGAAAAUGUAUUUUCUUCACUUUUUUCGUAUUUUCUCAGCCUACCUGAAUAGGUUUUCUUCGCUUUUCUCAGCGUUGAGAAAAUAACUUGAAUAGUCCCAUAAGAAACAAAAUCAAAAAUUUUAAAUUUAAUGCCACGUGGAUUUUUCCCGCCUAAAUUUAAAAAAAAGCCUUGUGAAUUUUUCCCGCCCAAAUUCCGAUUUUUAAAAUUCAAUGCCACGUAGAUUUUUUCCCGCCUAAAUUUCGAUUCUCCAAAAAUUCUUAAUGCCACGUGGAUUUUUUUAAGAAACAAAAUCAAACAUUUUAAAUUUAAUGCCACGUGGAUUUUUUAAGAAACAAAAUAAACAAUUUUUAAUUAAAUUCCACGUGGAUUUUUUCUCUCCUAAAUUUCGAUUCUCCAAAAAUUCUUAUUGCCACGUGGAUUUUUUAAGAAACAAAAUCAAAAAUUUUUAAUUAAAUUCCACGUGGAUUUUUCCCUCCUAAAUUUCGAUUCUCCAAAAAUUCUUAAUGCCACGUGGAUUUUUUUAAACUAAUUAAUUAGACUAAGCUAAUUAAUCACAUUAAAUCAAUCAAUCAAUAUUCCAAUUUUCCAGAUUGGCUCGAAAAAAUCCGUAGUUGGUCAAUCGGUCGAAUUGUUCACUCCUCAUUGGAACCACUUCGCUAUGUCUCUCGCCCGGUUGCUCGUUGUUUUUCGGCAAUCAGUAGAUCACUUCAAUUGGUAUACUGUAAUCAUAUAAUACCGAUUGAUGAACAAUUACAACAACAAAGACCAUUUGAUGAUAUGUUUCCGUUUGAUAGUUAUCAUUUGAAAGUGUGAGUGGUUUUGGGGCAGAAAGUUUGAUUUUUAGACCCAAAUUUGAUUCUGAAAGUGAUUUUUUCCAGAAGCUCCGAAUAUGUCGUCAGUUUGAUGCGCAAAUUUUCACCACUAGCCGAAGAUGUUUCGAUUUUAUCGGCUGCUUUGAGCUGGAAUUCGGCGACUGCUGAAAAAUCGGCCGAAAAUGCCAAUUCUGAUGGAAUGGACUUUUUGGAUAAUGAUGAUUUUGUUGUUGGUGGGUUUUUUGGGCUUGAUUAGGCCUAAAAGUCCAGAAAAUGGGCCUGAAAUGAGCCGGAAAUAUGGCCUUUUUUCUGACAAUUUAGGUCAAAAUUCUGGACCUAAUUAGCAGGAUAAUUAAUUAAUCAGUUAAUUACCCUUCUAAUUAAUCACCUCACUAAUUACCUUAAUACACCUUUUUUGCAGAAUUCCGUGAUCGUUCGGGAACAUGCGGGCAAAGUUCUCUAAUCAAUUAUUCGGCUGCUCCUGGCCUCAAAACCUUUGGCGCUAAUUAA